UUGUCUGCUCCAGUCAUUACUCAAAACCUAAGACUAAACCAGAGAAUUUGUUGCGGAACCAAACGAAAAUCUCCCGAGCGAGUUUCAAUUCACUAUGGGUACUAGAGAGGUCUACGAACAGAAGCUAAGAAGGGGCAAUCUCUACCAUGAACCCACCAUGAAUCCAGGCCUCGGAUCCCCUCGUUGUCCUCGCUGUUUCUCUCUUCUUAAACCCGAUCCUGAUACAAGUGAAUGGGCCAUAAAUCCUGUUCUCCAUAGUACCACCGCAGUGGCAGGAUCAGGUCUUGGAGGGUUGCUUAGUGCAGUUCAUGCUUUCAAUACGGGGAUCCCACACCUUCAAAAUCAUGUCAAGGGACCAAAGUGGCUUCCCUUUUUAAUUGGGGUGCCUGUCCUGUUAUUGUGUUCUGGUGCCGGUGCUGCAUUUGGAGGUUUUGUUCUUCCAAGAUUUACUCAACUCACUGUAACAUCCUACUAUGCCACCUCCAGUGCUUCCCAUUAUGGAGUUUCGCUUCUCACUCGAAGAAUUGAAGAGAAUCACAUGUCUCGAACUCGGGCUCAAUGAUUUUCACAGGUCAUGCAAUUUCAACGGUAAUGCUAUGUGUAGUAGUUUAUUGAAAGCCAUUUCUGCAACGGUGAUGGAUGAUUGGCUUUUUGGAGCACAAGCUGGGUCUCACAAGUUUAUGCAGUAGUUUACAGUUGUGCAACUAAUGUAUUUGACCUGCCAUUAGUGUUUUUGUGAGAUCUCACGUCGGCUGAGGAGUAGAACGAAUAAGGGUAUGAAAACUUCUUUCUAGUAGACGUGUUUUAAAAGAAUCCUGAAAGGGAAGGUCCAAAGAGGAUAAUAUCUCUCUAUCUCCGUUCUAUUUUUGAUGACAAUUGGCCUUAUUUAUUUGUCCACUGCUUACACUAGUGAACGUCUCCUUCUCGAUUA